ACUCGUCAAAAAUAUCAGAUCAGAAACAUUGACUGCUGCUAUUCUUCUCCAAAGCCUUAUUCUCUGCAAAUCUUCAAAUGGAAUCGAACGAAAAUAAUAAUACUAGUAAUAUUUAAUUUUCUGAUCAGGAAAUGUCCCAAGCUGAUGUCUCUUACAGUUGUGGUUCUUGUGGCUAUCAUCUGAACUUGACAUCUUCCAAUCGCGCAACUUCCAGCAUCGGCUCCAAAUAUAGCAAGUCCAUCAACAAGGGUUUCUUUUCAUUCAUUUCCAUUGAUCCGAGCCGAUUCACUCAAGUCGACAAUGUGAACUGCCUCCCGAUAUCUUGGGGGCCCUACCGUUCAAAAUCAAGGCUUCUCUGCCGCAACUGUGGAAUCCUCAUUGGUUAUGGGUACGGGGAUUCCACUGCUCUUUGUGGCCUCGACUCACCAGGCUCCUCCUCAUCCUCGUCUUACAAGAAAAUAUUAGUGAAAAUCCGAGCUUUACAGCCUUCCGAAGUCCACUAGUGUUGCCACCAUGGAACAGUCCACACACAUACUCCUACUCCCCGAUGACUGUCUAUACUUCAUUUUCCAGAGGCUCGACUCCAGCUCUGACCGUGAUGCAUUUGGCCUGACUUGUCACCGCUGGCUCCGUAUCCAGAGUUCAUGCCGUAGGUCUUUACAUUUCCAAUGCUCGUUCUCUCAUCGAACGCCCGUCUCACUACCUCAAGAUCCGAUCAGUAUAGGUUACCUCCAUCUGUAUCGGGUGCUCAACCGUUACCCUCAUCUGCACUCGCUUUCCUUGUGUGGCUGCACCGAGCUCCCGGAUUCCGGUCUCUCCAUAUUGAUGGAUUAUGGACCGAGGUUGACAAGCUUACGCCUAGAUUGUUGCUUUGGCAUCUCAGACGACGGUCUCUUCUCUGUUGCCCGGGGGUGCCCUCAUCUUAUCGAUCUUAGCCUCUACCGCUGCAACAUAACCGACACCGGCCUUAAAGCCUUGUCUGAGUCUUGCUUGGCCUUGGAAGACGUGAACCUCUCAUAUUGCUCGCGUGUAUCCGACACCGGCAUCAGGGCUCUCUCUCAGAACUGUCGUCGCCUCCGAGCCAUCAACAUAUCUCACUGCAGAGGCAUAAACGGAACCGGCUUUGAAGGGUGCUCGUGUAGUCUAGCGUAUCUUGAAGCCGAUUCAUGCAAGCUCGACCCAAAGGGGAUCCGGGCUAUGUUGAGCGGAGGCGGGCUCGAGUAUCUCGACAUUUCCAACCUCAGCUGGUGCAUCCAAGGUCACGGCUUUGCCGCCCUCGACACGAGGCUUGCCUCCAAGCUAACCGUGCUUAACUUUCGGGUUUGUAGGCACAUAGAUGAUGAGAGUGUCGCGAGGAUUGCACGGGGCUGCCCGUCGCUGAGAGAGUGGAACUUGGCCCUUUGCCAUGAGAUCAGCGUGGUGGGCUGGGAGUCGAUCGCGAUGUACUGUUGUGCGUUGGAGUGGCUGCACGUGAACCGGUGCCGGAACCUCUGUGAUCGAGGGCUGCAAGCGUUGAGAGAGGGUUGUGGGCGGCUGCGCAAGCUGCACCUCGGCCGCUGCUGCCGGUUGAGCUCGACGGCAAUUGAGGUUUUCAAGCUGUUGAGAGGGGAUGUUGUCGUCUCAGAUGAGGAAGUUAUGUGCAUUGCGCCUCGUUGAGAAUUCUAACUCUUCUGCUUGGAGAAUUUGCACAUUUGUUGGGAAAUAUUUAUUGGGGUUUAUAAUUAUAUUCAACUUUUUAUUUUCUUAUAUAAUGCAUGUUAUAAAAAGAAUUGAGUUCUAAGAUUUCUUAUA